GUGCUCCCCAUCCCGGACUCGGCCACCGAGCUCGGCUUCCACCGCACCACCAAGACCAUCGCGCUCGGACCCACCACCGUCGGCUAGGUGGAUCUCUGGAGGGGCAUCCUCUUCUGCGACGUGCUUGAUCAAAGUCCCGUGCUCCGGGACAUGCCGCUGCCCAAGCCUGCUAGGUGCAACAGGGGCUACUUCUGCAGAGGAGGCUCCAGUGGCCAUCGGGACAUCACCGUCAUCAAGCUCCCAGACCAAUCGCACCUUAUCAAGUAUGUCGAGAUGGGAAGAAGAACUCGUCCUGCCAACAAUGUGAUCCCAUCAUCUUCAUCUCCACGGCAGCAGGUGCACCACUCCAGCUCUGAUGACGACGACGACAGCAGCGGCGGCGGCGGCGGCGACUAUGUCCGUGACUACUGGACAGCCACCAUCUGGACUAUGCCCGUGCCGAUUGCUUCAUGGAAGGAUUGCACAAUCGAUGCCGGAAACAUGGUCAUUGACAACCCAAGGCAUCGUGAGCUGCUUCUGGCGCUGCCAGGGCUGACCGUUGAUCCACAGGAGGCAGCGGCGGUGACCUUGAGUAGACUGGUCACUUCUCAUCCCACCUUGGGCUUGGGGCUUGGCUUGGAUGGUCAUGUCACCGUUUACUUCCUGACCAAGGUGUAUUGCAAUGCCCGUGAGGGAUGGAUCAUUGUUGUUGGCACCAAGGACAAUAAGCUGCAAGGUAUCGCCAGGCUUGAUGAAAGGAAAAACUUUUCCUUUAGACGCCACUACCGUCCUACUGAAAUAUCCAAAUAUCUGACCAAGGCUUAUAACUUUUUCUUCAUCUACGCAAUGCUGCUUAUAACUCUUUAUUCGGGCAAUAUGUAUCUCAGCACAUGCAUGUGACAGACUUAUUAUAUACUCCAUCCGUUCUAAAA